GCAAGCAGAUGAUUGAAAAAACACUUGGGAGCUGUCAAAAAAGAGAAAGAAAAAACUCUUGACAGCUGUUGUAGUUAUAUCACUUGCUAAUGCCUAGAGGACUGGUGAUGGUUCGCAAACUGAAGAUUAGAAUCUCCAGAUGCUGUCUAGCUAUUUUGCUAGUUUCCUCCCUAUUAACCCAAACGUGCGGAGCAACCAUGUCAAGACCCAAUAUUUUGCUUAUAAUGGCAGAUGACCUUGGCUAUGGUGAUUUGGGAUGCUUUGGUAACAGUACACUCAGGACCCCUAAUAUUGAUGGGCUUGCAAAGGAAGGAGUGAAACUUACUCAGCACAUUGCUGCAGCUGCAAUAUGUACACCAAGCAGAGCAGCAUUUCUGACUGGCAGAUACCCCAUCAGAUCAGGUAUGGCAUCCAGAAUUGAGACACGUGUCAUCAUCCGGACUGGUGCCUCGGGAGGGCUCCCUGCAAAUGAAACAACAUUUGCUAAGUUAUUACAGCAGCAAGGUUACACCACUGGCCUUAUAGGAAAAUGGCACCAAGGUAUGAACUGUGAAUCCCGCAAUGACCACUGCCACCAUCCUUUAAACCAUGGCUUUGAUUAUUUCUAUGGCACUCCUUUUACGCUUGUGAACGAAUGUCAGCCUAACAAGGAUCCGGAGAUGAGCGUAAAAUUGCGAGCUACGUAUUGGUUUUACACACAGAUGGGUGCUGUUUUGGUGUUCACUCUUGUGCUGGGACGAACUACUGGUUUGUUCUGUGUGGAAUGGAAAGUAACUGCCUUCGUUACUUCAUGUGGUGUCCUAUUUUUUAUAUCCUGGUUUGCCAAUUAUGGAUUUUUAAGAUAUUGGAACUGCAUCGUGUUGAGAGAUCACAUCAUUACUGAACAGCCAAUAAAGCUAGAAAAUGCUGCCUCCAGGAUAGUGAAAGAGUCCAUCUCAUUUAUUGAACGAAACAAGCAAGAACCGUUCCUCCUCUUUGUUUCUUUCUUACAUGUCCAUACACCCUGUUUCACCACAGAGAUGUUUCAUGGGAAAAGCAGGCACGGUUUAUAUGGAGACAAUGUAGAGGAGAUGGACUGGAUGGUGGGAAAAAUUCUGGCUGCUGUUGACAAGGAGGGCUUAAGGAAUAACACUUUUACUUACUUUACUUCUGACCAUGGUGGAUUUUUGGAGGCUAGAGAGGGAAUUGACCAGCUGGGUGGCUGGAACGGUAUAUACAAAGGUGGAAAAGGCAUGGGAGGCUGGGAAGGAGGAAUCCGUGUGCCUGGAAUAGUUAGAUGGCCAGGAAUGAUCCCUACUAACACUGUUAUUGAUGAGCCAACAAGUCUUAUGGAUAUUUUCCCCACAGUAGCUUACUUGGCUGGGGCAUCAGUUCCACAAGACAGGGUAAUCGAUGGAAGGAACCAGAUAGCUUUAUUGCAGGGGGAAGUGAAGCAUUCGGAGCAUGAAUUCAUGUUUCACUACUGUGGGUUGUACUUGCAUGCAGUGCGCUGGUACCACAAAGAGAGUGGUGCUCUCUGGAAGGCCCAUUAUGUGACUCCAAAAUUUCACCCAGAGGGAGCUGGUGCUUGUUAUGGAAAAAGGAUGUGUCCAUGCUCUGGAGAGAGCGUAACUCACCACAACCCUCCUUUGCUUUUUGACCUCUCACAUGAUCCUUCUGAGAUCAACCCUUUGUCACCAGGUUCUGAGCCGCUUUUCAACACACUAGUAAAUCAAUUUAAAAGAGCAGUGGAUGAGCACAGAAAGACACUCACUCCCGUCCCAGAACAACUUGAUGUAUAUAAUACUAUAUGGAAGCCAUGGCUGCAGCCGUGCUGUGGGACCUUCCCUUUUUGUUGGUGUGAUAGAGAAAGUGAUAUGAAAGCAUAAUUAUUUAAAAAAUAAAUAAUAAACGAAGUCUUUCCUUUGAUAACAAACACUUCUGAUAUCUUAAAUAUGAUAUCCUUCAUCCUGGCCUAGUUUGUGCACAAUGCUAAGCCAUUGUUUGCUAUAAUUUUAUAGAUUAUCAAACAAAAUGAUGGCUUGUCUUCCACCUGUCCUUCACGUGUGCCUUUGUAACUUGGUGAGCAGUGGAGUUGGCUCGCCAAAUAAACCGUAGAUAAGGAAAGAUGUUGUAUUCACAUGUAACGUUAACCAUAAUUAAUACAAACUGGUUCAUAAGCCAACAACAAAGCAUGGCCUGAGAUCAUAAUUUGUUGGCAAUGAACAAACCACCAGGUGGAGUUCACACUUAAUUAAGCCACUGGGUAAAGUUCACCCAGUUUUAAGCCAUUGUUUAAUAAGCCAUAUUUUAACAAGCCAUAGCUUAGCAUUAUAUGUAAACCAGGCCAGAGUUGACAAUUUAUUGCUGAAUAUGUUCCUUGAAGAGAAUGAGAGGAAGGCUAGGGAGAGAAUAGGAGAAAGUGAGCAUGUUUGCUGAAUGCAUUAACAAAAUAUGUUUUAAAGGGUGUGAGUUUUUGAAGCAAAAGGCCUUAAACUGGGUGGGGAGGGGUAGGUUUGGCCCUAGCAUUUUUAACAUAUUCAAGUUGGUGGGUAGAAGCAAAACUCUACAUAGGCACUUGCAACUUUCUUGUACAUCCUGAACCUUGAGGUUGAUUGUCAUUACUCCUCAAUUCUGUAUUAACCAGCCUUAUUGCGGGCAUCAUGCAUAUGAAGAAAUGUUUUCUGGUUAAGGAGUUAUUCUCAAUCUAGACCAGAGUGAUAGUUCUACCUGCACUGGUCCUAAUGGCCCUCACAGCUGAAUGCUUGAUGCCGACAAUGAGAAUAUUGGUGGUUACAUCAUAAUAAAAAAGCCCUCCUUUCCUUCAAAUGCUUCAUGAUCUUGAUUGUGCAUG